UGGUGUCGUUCUGCGUCAACUUCACAAUGCUGGGCAGCACCAUAGUGUUCCUCAUACUGGCCUCCCAGAACAUCCAGGGAGUACUGGCUAACCUUUGUGGCGUCAACGUGUCCUUCUGCUACCUGCAGAUCCUUGUGGCUGUUGUUUUGUGUCCAGUUGCCUGGUUAGGAACACCCAAGGACUUCUGGCCUGUGGCUGUUGGAGCAGCGAGCGCCACCAGUUUCGCCUGCGUCAUUCUGGUAGCCGCCAUGCUUGAAGAAUACAUGGGAGAGGUCAGGGACAUUCCAGUGGUACACAAGAACCCAGUUUUGAUUGACCUCUUCCCCUCCAUGGGUAUCGUCAUGUUCGCCUAUGGAGGACACCCUGUCUUUCCAACAUUCCAAGCUGACAUGAAAGUGCCUGGUGACUUUCCAAAGGCUGUAAUCUACGCUUACAUAGCCCAGGUUCUGAUGUACGUCCCAGUCGCUGUGACAGGCGCCUUGGUCUACGGGAAAGCCGUUCAAGCCAACCUGUUGCUUUCCAUCAGUCCUGGGCCUCUGCUGUACACGGUUCAAAUCCUCGUCACGUGUCAUCUGGUCUGCAGUUUCAUCAUCUGUCUCAACCCGGUGGCCCAGCAGCUGGAGGAGUUGCUGAAACUGAAGAAAACCUUCUCCUGGCACCGAAUCGUCUCUCGCUCCCUCCUGGUGGCCUUCGUGUUGUUUGCCGCUGAGACUCUCCCAAAGUUCGACACUCUCCUCUCCCUGAUCGGAGGCAGCACAAUCACGAUGAUGGCCUUUGUCUGUCCGCCAUUGUUCUACCUCAAGCUCUGCUCUAUGAAGGGACAUUGGCCGCAGAUAGUUGUCCCCCUCCACCAGAAAGUGCUUCUACUGGAGAUUCUGAUCGUGGGCAGUGUGGUGGGCCUGAUGUCCACCUUCUCCUCCCUCCAGUCUAUGGCUAGUCCUGACUCCUUCACUGUGCCCUGCUACAUCAACAUGACUGCCGCCUGUGGGUGACCUCUGACCUCUGUUUCAUCAACAUGACUGCCGUCCGUGGGUGACCUCUCACCUUCGCUACAUCAACAUGACUGCCCCUUGUGGGUGACCCCUGCUACCAGAGAUCAGUCCAGUUUAGAGUAUGUCUCCUUAUGCGCGACGCAGGUCGCGUGGCGCACAACAAUCGCUAGCGACGAGUAGUGGGGUGUGUACCGUUAAGCGAAACAACAUCACAUGGAGUGUCGAACAGCACUCCUUGGCUAGGUAUUUUGACAGAUGAUAAAGCUCGAAACCAGUCACACCCCCAGCCUGUCGCGUGUGAUGAGGUCUCGAUUGCUACAAGGACCGAUCGCCGGUGACAGUCGCACGCGGCUAGAAGUGGUGUCGAGUGUAAGAAGACGGGUUCUUAAAAUCUUACUCGAUCGUUUUUGGAGCGGCAAGGAUCGUGCGCGACGCGACAUUGAGUCGAACAUAAGGAGACGCAAGUUCACACUGAGCCCGGCCAGUUGCUGGCACAGCCGUCAACAACUGGCUGUAAUCUGUCGUCACGCCUUUAUCCUCUUUCCUGCAAUGAAAGCUGGUGAUACACGUUCAGACUGCCGCCAGCAAACGCCAUCCGUCUGCCAGCAAUUUGGUUUGCCGUGUGCACACCCAAAAAAUGUCUGGAUGGUCCAAAGAAAGUAAUUUCCCACUAUACUAAGAGAGUAAAUGUCCUUGAUUCGCUGUCAAUUCCCGUCAAAAUGGACUAGAAGCUUAUCAUUGCUGUCCAAGGCAGAUCGGUGAUAUACAACAAAGAGAACAAAAAACUAUUACAACUUAGAUAGAUCUAUCAUUUCUGGGCAUCUUCCAUUACUAACGGAAUCAAAAGAUGAUAUUCCCCAUGCACGCUACGAUUGCAAUAAAUUGGGGGAACACCAUCUUUUUGAGAAUACUGUUUCAAUUUCAAUAAUCGUUUUUGUAACCCC